AUGGGCUCAAAUUUGAAAGUGACUCUGUUUCCCUGGGAUCCCGAUUCGGAAGUUCAUGUGAGGUGUCUGGUAUCGCAGCGAGUCGAAUGCAGUUGGCACUACGAGGAGGUUGAGAAAAAAUGGAAGAAGCAACAGCUCAACGGCGAGAAGUGUAUUUAUUGGAUUAAUGAUGAAAUGCUUCAAGACACAGCCACGACAAUCAAUGGUGUCCCACGUGAGCCGACAAAAGAGAACUUCGUCCCUAUUGGCCAUAUUUCACUAGAUUCCAAGAAUCCCGAUGCAGAGCACAUUGACUUUGACCUCCCAGCCGAGAACAUCUUCUGGAUAAAGUCAUUCUACGUUAGGAAGACCAUCCAGGGCCAGGGAAUUGGGCGAGCUACAAUGGAUGAAGUCGAGGCCAUGGCAGCCCGGGAGCCACUACUAGCCAAGAUAUUGUUGCUAGACACGGUUCAGAAAGAUGACCAGAAGAGAGAGGAAUUUGCGAAUGUAACCUACGGAGGUAUUCCAAAGACUACGAACGAGGAAUGUGCUUCCAGCCCGGGUUCAGGCUCACUGGGAAAUGGGCGUUUCUUCGCGCCAUUGGAACCACCCUCAGCUCUUCCAGGAUAUCUGGGCUCAACAAGCUACUCUGCGGUUCUAACUGAGCACCGCAGUGACAUUUCGUUCGAGCCUGAAGAGACCACGGAUUCUUCUGCAGGGUUGGCAGUAGAACCCGAUCGACUCCAAUCCGGUGUUGAUGUUCUACGAUUUUUGUACAAUCUCACUGUAUGUGAUAUGCUGGUUGCACGGUACUAUGUUCGGACAUUGAAUAUCAUCGUGCCUAAAAUGGUAAUGGACGAAAUUCUGCGCUCGGUGCACCAAAUCUUCGACGGGUUCUCCAGUGAUCCAACUGCACAACUGCAAGAGUUGGCGAAUCAAAUAUUUCAAAAUACUUCCCGCCCGAUGCGGACGCACAAGUCUAUGUCAGUCGAGGAGUAUUGCUCCUCUUUCACCGGUCGCAACCUCCGGUGGGAGGCCCUUGGGUCUAUCUUCACUCUUUGUGGAAUGCAAUUGGUCAUUACGCCAGACAACGACCCUGAUGUUACGCAGGGAUCAGAUGACCCUCGAGCAAAAGACCAGUUACUAGAACAGAUUACUGUUAUAAGUACAGUAUGUCUUGGUUUUUGUGACCAGACAUCGUCGGCAAACGAAUUGCUGGCAAUGUUACAAUACCAUGAUGCUAUGUUGCGAACACAACAAUAUGGUGAUUCCAGCUAUCAAGCAUGGCGUCGAUUGGGUGACCUUGUAUCCACGAUUUAUGCAGCUGGGCUACAUUUGGAGACCAGUGGCACUGAGGGUUAUCCAUUAUUCCUUCGCCAGUGGCGGAGGCGUUGCUUUGUUGCAGCCUUCUACAUGGAUAAAAUGAUAGCAACAUUUGUUGGACGACCGCCACUGAUAAAUGGUCGAUUCUGCACGCUCUCUGCUCCACUCGAUCUGACCGACGAAGUUUUGAUUGCAGGUGGAGAUGUCCUCAGCAAGGCGAUUUCAGAGCUAGACAGUGCCGGAUGGAAUACUGAAGGGAAGUUACACGUAGUAACCCCCACUCGGCUUCGCUUCCAGCUGGCUAUCAUUCGGGAAGAAACUCUCGAGGUUGUACUGGGAACACACGAGCAGCGUAAUCUAAUCCAAAAGUCCGAAGAGAUCCAAGCAAAAUCGCGCGCCAUAUGGGAAUCAACUCCGGAUCAGCUUCGAUAUGAUCGGCGACCGAACGACCAUUCCUAUGACGGGUGGCUUACCAUUGUAUAUUUCUAUUUGGACUACCUAAUGACUUGCUUUUUGCUCUAUCGAGCAGUCGUCAAGCAUACGAACACCGGACAAGCCGAUCUCUGCGACGUAUCUCGUCGGAUACUAGCCAUUGUCAUUCAAAUUCAUUCGUUCCGAACCCCAAUGGUCGAUCUUGAUCGGCACUUUUCUUGGAUCGUUCUCACGUACGGUGUUCCUUCCGCCAGCGUCCUUCUCCUUGAACUCCUGCGCCAAUCGCAUGAACCCGGUCCACACACCGUUCCACUCCCGCGCGCCGAGCUAAUCCGCAACCUCAGCGUGUUCAUUUCUUUCCUGUCGUGGGUUGCAGGCCCCGGUCACGGCAACUAUCAUACCUGCAAACAAGCCGAGAAAAAGCUGUCUCGCAUCCUUGAUCAGCUGCUCGAUCCAGAGCCUGUACAGCAACAUGUGGUAGACGAUGUCACGACAGGCCUGGACAACUUCCUCAAUUGGUCGAACUACAAUACGAUCUGGGACUUCAACACCGAUUAUAUGCCUCUUACCGAGGGUUUCGCGCCUUGA